AGGGGGAGGAGGGCAGAGGAGAAAGCGGAGGCACAAAAGCGACGGCAGCUUUUGAAGGAGCAGCCGCGAGGCGGGCGGGCCGGAGAAGCACCAGGGCCGGCUCGCUCCCAGGCCACUCUUCCUUCUGGGGAAGAGUUUCCAGCGGGGAGUUUCCUGUCUGCGCCUCGGUCGUCUCCGGCGGGCGCGUGGAGCGCGGGAAGCGGGGCCUUGGCGCGAGUCGCCUCCAACUUCUCUCCAAAGUCUCCGCAGCCUCCCCCCCCUUUUUAGGCGGGUGGUGCGCGGAAGAUUAACCUGCCUGGAUCCGUCUGGUGCCUCCGCCACUUUUCAGGGAAAUGCUCUCGGGAAGUCCCAAGAAGAUCUCGUGCUGUUGUCUGUUGCCUUCCUAAAGGCUGGCUCGCGCGCUCUCCUCUCCUCUCCACCAGCUUUCCUGGAUUUUGUCUCGAACAUCCGAAAAGACGAGAGAGAGAGAGAGAAGUAAUAACCCGGGAUCCAGCCAGAGAUGCUUUUCUGGUCCCUUGGAGGAGUGUAUUCUCAGAAAACAUUGGCUCUAAACAGGUCCAGAAGGCAAGAGUGAAUCCAGUCUACAUGCACAGAGUCCACUGGCUCAGCUUGAAAGUGUUUUCAUGAGUUAACACUAGGACCAGAUCCACCCUUCGUUCCCUGCAGCCAAGCAAUCUGCAGCCAAGCAAUGGGCCAAAAAAUCUCAGGGAGCAUAAAGUCUGUCGAUGUUCGGGAGCCCCCUUACAGACCUGUCAAAAGAGAACUGAGGGGUCCAGAUUUCUGCAAGCCUGCGAGAUUGGAUAUGUUGCUGGAUAUGCCCCCGGCCCAUUUGGAGGUCCAGUACAAGCACGCUUGGAACAACGAAGACCGAUCCUUAAAUAUAUUUGUGAAGGAAGAUGACAAACUGACGUUUCACAGACACCCGGUAGCCCAAAGCACAGACUGCAUCCGAGGCAAAGUUGGGUAUACAAGGGGCCUACAUGUUUGGCAGAUCCACUGGCCCGCCAGGCAGCGAGGAACACACGCUGUGGUUGGAGUGUCAACGGCAGAAGCACCUUUGCAUUCUGUAGGAUAUACGUCGUUGGUUGGUAGCAAUAAUGAGUCAUGGGGCUGGGACCUUGGGCGCAACAAACUUUAUCACAACUGCAAAAAUCAGCCUGGGGUGACAUAUCCUGUAUUUUUGGAACCAGACGAGUCUUUUGUACUCCCAGACUCCUUACUGGUGGUUUUGGAUAUGGAUGAAGGGACACUUAGCUUCAUUGUGGAUGGACAGUACCUUGGAGUGGCCUUCAGGGGACUUAAAGGGAAAAAACUCUAUCCUAUAGUCAGUGCGGUAUGGGGGCACUGUGAAAUCACAAUGAGAUACAUCAACGGACUUGAUCCGGAACCCCUGCCUCUCAUGGACCUGUGCCGAAGAUCAAUCCGCUUUGCCCUGGGCAGAGAACGCCUGCAUGAUAUAGAAACUCUACCUUUGCCUCAGUCUUUGAAAAAUUAUUUACAAUACCAGUAAUAUGAAUUCUAGACCUCUAAAUGGUAGAAAUUGUUUACAUCAGAAUAUAAAUCUUCGUGGUGGAUAUUUUGAGUGUUAUUUAAUUAUUAUUUUUAAAUGUUUCUUUUUCUUUCUUUUUUAAAUCAACCGUGGCAGAACAUUUUGGAGACUACUAAGGAAUGUGAAAACUCUUUGAGUUGGUUUGGAUCUUUCAGUGAAAUUAUUGUUGCCUACACUGUUAGCAGCCUUGUUAUUGCAGAAUCCAAAGCUUGCUUGUCUUCACAGGUCACAUCCAAAGAUGAGCUGUAUGCUGACUUAGGUCUGGCGCUGGAUAUGCAGCCCAUGAAGAUCUAAUCCCCAAAAGCAGCCCUAGAGCAAAGGGGGCUAGGAACUCCCUUUGUACAGGUUAAACGUAUGCUACCAAAAAACCCCACCAAUAAGCUGUUUGGAGGUUUCUGAAAACCAGAAUAACAACGUCACAGAGAUUUAACUAGUAAGACAUGCCAAGGAACCGCGUUUUCUGUAGAAAUCUGUUUUGAUCCAAAGUACGGUAAGUUCCUUACACAUAGAGGUUGCCUGUUGUCAUUUGUGAAGGAAAGUGCUCCGGAUUGCGCUCUAGAUUCCCACAAGCUCUGUAGAAGGGAAUUGGGAAUCUUUGUGCGCACGGAGCAUAUGAGCUGCAUUGGAACUGCUAGAUUGUGGCCUUUACUUUUAGGUGCUCUGCCUUUUCAGAAUAACAUGCUCUUGGUACCCAACCCACCAUAUUUUAAAUUAUGUCAUAAAAGAGCUGUGUCUUGGUUUCAAAGGUAGUUGAUCUUUUCUGAAGAAAAUUGGCUCAAUCUGAAAAUCAGUUAAGCUAGCACAUUUCAGCUGGUUUUUGUUCUGUUGCUUCAGUAGGGUGGAAUUUCCUCAAAUCAGUGUUUUCUAGCUUAACUUGGUUGCCGAUUGGGCUGACAAUUCAGUGUUUUCAACAACAAAACACACACACCCUGGCUUUCAAAAUAUGUCACUUUUUAAGUUGGAUUUAAAAAAAUCAUUUGUACUUCAUGAAUUCCAAAUGCUGGGUUUCUUUUAAUAUGUAUGUGACACAGUAUUUUGCAUAUCUGUUCAAAGCUCUGUACAGAGUGUCCAAUUUUAAGUUGUCUCCCCAGGGGGUGGCUUUUUUGUCAUCUUCUCCACUGCUUGCAAUAUGUAUCCAUUUGUCGGGAUCAACUUUUUUUUUUUUAAAGACACUGCUUUCUUUUUUGCAUUUCCUACUUUGUUCAAAGUUCUCUGCCUGAUCAGUUAUCUAGUUUAUAACUGGAAGUUGUUGUAAAGGCAGGUUGGCGAAUGUGCAGACUGAGCUGCCUUCAGCAUAUUUUAAUGUGAAUUUACCGAAGAAUGAAGAAAAAGUUUCUAAUAAAGUCUACUGUCCAAAUUGCGGCUCGUGCGAGUCUCUUUUCCUUCCCCACUCUCAAGUAACUUGUACAGAGUAGAAGCAAUACAACUGAGUUGUGCUCACAAACCACCAAGCCAGUACUUUACCUUCCCUACCAUUUGUUAUUUCUGCAACAAUAUUUUUCAAACCAAUGGAAAAGUCAGAAACAGAAUGGUAUGCAUUAUGGAUUACCUUGUUUUAUAGAAACUGAACCACAUCAAAGUUGUCAUAGUAUACUGGGGCUGUACUGUUUCUACCAUACCUACAGUCGUUCCUCCCAUCACUUCUGUCCUUCUCAGUUCGAUACCUUAGUAUUUUAUUUCACCCUUUAGCCUGUUUCCCCAUGUCAGCCGACACUCUUCACAAUGCAGCUCCUACUCCAUAGGGUAGGAUGGCAGGUGACAUACAACAAAGGAUGCUGGUUAUCUCCCAGAUGUCCAGAUAGCAUUGUUUCCAAUUCAUAUAGCACCACCAUCAGGCCAGGAGACAGGAUCAGUCUCCUCAUCAUGCCAAACUGGUCUUGUCACUGAGACAGGAACCAGCUUUUCUGUAGCGUUUCCUCGGAACGCUAUAUUAAGCCAAUCACUUUCCCCAUAGUGAGACCUUCUGCCAGCCUUUUCCCACAGGAAGGCCUUCCUUUGAUUCCAGUUCCAGUUUGGAGACCUCAUCUUCAUAAGUUCAGAAAAGUUACCUGCCCUUCAGAUUGCUCCUGAAAGUAUGUCAUUAGAUGCUCACAACAUUUCUGAGUGGGUUUUUUAUUUUAUUUAAGAAUGCUCCUGUUUUUAUAUAGUUACAAUGUUUAAUUAUGGAUGGUUGUUAUGUGUUCUCCCCCCCCCCCAACUUGAUUGUAAGACGCCUAGACACUGCCCUGCACAAGGUAAUUAGAAAACUGGAUAUCACCAAAUACUUAUCUGUGUAUGUUAGCCACCUUAGAGUAUCGGAGGUAAGCUAUAGUCAUUGCUUUAACUUGUGUUAAUAUUUACAUGCUGUGAAUGAUUUGGAGAGCAUAAAAUGAAGACACCAGUCAACUUCUUUUAAAAACGAAGGUAAGUGGUUAAUUUGUGGGGCAAGCAGCAAUAAAAUGUUUUUUUCCUGCUUUGAAGGAAAACUGCCUAAUACUAUUUUUGGACUUAAAAGAUUUAUGCUUUGUCAUUAUUGUCUUUUGUUUACUGUGUUUCCUAUCUAUCCAUUUUUGUUUAGGUAUUCUGUUUUGUACUUUUUCCUCCACAGAUGUACUGCUAUAUGCUUAAUGGGCAAGUUAAUGGCAUUUUUGUGGUAUAAAUUAAUGUACAUUAUCAUUGGAUGAAACAAGCCAAAUCAAUAGCCAUCUCUCCUUAAAUACUGUCCAUUAAUUUAAUAAGUGCACUGCUGAGAUUUGACAUUUCCAUGGGGUUCGGCUGCCAUCCUGCCGUUUGCAAGGAAAGGCAGAGGCCAAGGUAAGAAAGUAUGAGCAAACAUAGCCGAGAUUUGUUUCAGUCUGAGAUGAAGUUGAAGAAGUGAAGCCAGAAGUGAAGAACCUGAGGGCCACUCAACCUUCCAGGGGCCAAAUGCCAGUGGUGAGGAAGGUACAAAGCAGGGCUGGUGAGGGGUGUGGCUCAGAAGGAUGUGUGGCCUUAGGGGAGCCCCAAGAGCAGGCACCCCCAAACUUCAGUCCUCCAGAUGUUUUGGACUACAAUUCCCAUCAUCCCUAACCACUGGUCCUGUUAGCUAGGGAUCAUGGGAGUUGUAGGCCAAAACAUCUGGAGGGCUGCAGUUUGGGGAUGCCUGCCUAAGAGCAUAGAGAAGCCUAGAGGACCACAUUUGGCCCAAGAUUCCCCAUCUCUGGGUCAAGCUACAUCAUUACAACAAAGAAGGUAGGUUUGAUGGAGGGAUUUGAUGAAAGAGAAGUAGUGCCAUGUGCAUAUUCUGGAAGGCAGUUUCCAAAGAGACCAGAUAGCUAAGGGUAGAGCUGGAAAAACAAGAGAUUGUGGCAAAGCCCAGAACAGCUUUACAUGUUUGUUCUGAGUAUGGAAAGGGAGAAGAAGUCCAUGCAAGAUCUUAUCUUAGAAUUGUAGAGUUGGAAAGGACCUUGAGAGUCAUCUAGUCCAGUCCCUGCAAUGCAGGAAUCUCAACUAAAGCAUCCAUGACAGAUGACCAUCCAACCUCUGCCUAAAACAUCCAGGGAAGGAGGGUCCCCCACCUUCCAAGAGAGUCUGCUCAGUGUAGUUAGUUCAGCUAAUUCAUAUAAUCCAAGCAGCAGAUUUUAGAAAAAAACAACAAUAUCAUGAGAAGAAACAGCAGCAGUAGUGUGCCUCACAUAAGCUGCACCCUGUUUCUGUUUAAAUGUAAUAUGCAGAUUAUUGGUAGCCAAUAGGGAACCCAUCAGAUGUUGGGGUUGUUUGACUAUAAUUCCCAUCAGCCCUAGCCAGGAACAAUGGCUCUUGUAGUUCCACAGAAUCUGGAAAGCAUCACAUUGGCCAUCCCUGCUAUAGAUGGAUGCAGGUUCAAAAUGGAGCCCCAAAGCUAUAAAGUUAAUAUAUUAAGUGGUACUUUUAGAAAAGAGUGCAGAUGGCAUUUAUAUUUUGAAAUUGCUUUUUACUAAGCCUAAAUUUCCUAACCUACUCUAUCACUGAAACUAUUGUUUAGACACAUAAUUUUCCAGAUAGUACAUUCUUGUAAACAUUAGCAUUGACAUUUUGCUGUUUAUGAUGCAGAAGCAAACCACAGAUAUGUCCUUUCAGCUCAUUUGCCUGGAUUUCUCAACACAAAAAAACUAUUGCUGAUGUAAAACCAGCAACAGCGAUCGUAGAAGUUGCUAAUUAUAAGAGUUCCAGUGAAUUUUAGAUAUGGAAUUAGAUGGUCAUAAGCUUUUAUGCAUACAGUGCUAUAAAUGCAGUUGAGUAAAAUAUUAAUGGCUGUGCAGACAUACCAAGUUGUAGGGAAAUUUUAAUGUCAGAUUAAUGAAUUUACUUGGGACUCCAGAUUGGCUGCACUGCAAAAUUGUAUAAUAUUAAUAAAAACACUUUAAAAACCGAGCCUUUAAAAGGAAUUGGCAGCUAGAAUAGAUGUUCAGCCUUCUGUUUGUGGCCCUUUGCUUCCCAUUCCCAACACCAUUUACUUUAUUUUUGUACCUAUUCAUGCAAGGGCACGGCAAUCCCCUGAGGAAGAUCAACCUUCUACUCCCUUCACUUUAACAUAUAAAAUAUAUGCAUUUUGAUCUCUCUUUCCUCUCUCACUCUCAUAAGAGUUAUCAACCAUGCCAGCUUGACUUUUUUUUACAUUUUGGCUCCUCUUACCUGAUUUGGUUCCCCUCAUGUCUGGAGUUAGUUUUCCCCUCCUAAGCUUCUCAAUAUUACUCACACUCUGUUUCGUCUUCCUCAGUUAUCAUCUUCUAUGUCAAGGGUGGAGAACUGUAGCCAUCCAGAUGUUGAUGGACUACAGCUCCCAUCAAUCCUGACAAUUGGCCAUGCUGGCUGAGGCUGAUGGGAGUUGGAGUCCAACAGCAUAUGGAGGGCUACAAGUUCUCCACCAUUGCCCUGUGCCCUCUAUAGAUUUAACCAAAUAAUUGCAGAUCAAAUGUGGGUCAGGGACUACCGGCCCCACUCCCCUUUUCACUACCCGCUUUUAGGAUUCUCCCCUCCCAAAAAGACUAUUUUGGGGUGCUGCAGUCAAAUAUUGUUUUCAGGAUGAGUUGUAGCCCCUCUAUGUCUUGUUGCUCCUGGCUGUAUGGAAGCAGUUUCAAGUCCCUAUGACCUGUCAUGUUGCCCCAGAACGUUGGUGGGCCCAAUGACAAAAGAUUGUUUUGAGAUACCAUGUGUCCUGGUGGCAAAUCAGUAUGUCAAGUCCCCAGUCCAGGCAAAGUCCCAUGGAGAUCCUAGAGCAGCAAAGCUGAUGUUCCAUCAACAUGGGCAAUUGAGAAUUGAGCAGACACAGCACCUGAGCUCUGCUGCCCUUUUAUACUUUGCAUGCUGAUUGCAGCACCUGGGCUUGACGAGGCAAGUGACCUUCACCUGCUCCAAGCCUACUCCAGUUGAGGAAUCACACCCCUUCUCCCAGAGCUAGCAAGCCUCACUUGGCCAGCUAGUGAUCUGGACUAUGGGCUCUUGCCUGCCACAGCCUCCCUACAUCUCAGAGCCCACUGUGUUUGUGGAGACAGGGGCUCCUCUGGCUCGGAUUAUGGGUCCUGCUGCUCUGGUUCCUGUGCCCUGGCCUCUUCCUGUUGCUAUCCUCCAUCACCCUGUGAGUAUUUCCUUCAUUGACCUCUCAUUCCCUAUUCCUUGCCUGCCCUGGUGUGUUCCAGUCCCGGCUACACCCCUAGCCAGGAUCCUCUUCUCCCUGUUGUCCUACUAGUUCAUGACACUCUGCAACGUCUGUAUGUGACCUCAUCAUUGUUCCCAAACAGAAGGAGCAGGUUUCAAAGCGCUCCUGACUUCCUAUUUCCCUAAGAGUCAUUGGGCCCCAAAUAUUGUUUUGGAGUGUAAGCCCUCUAUAUUCCUGUCCUUUUAUCCCUGAUCCUAAGGAAUGGGCUUUUGAGUUCAUGCCAUGCAUAUGGUCCUUGGGGUGCAGUCCCCACAAACUAUAGUCUCUCAUUAAAAAUUCCCCAGUGUUUUGAGCUACCCUAGAAGUAGCCCUCUCAUACCCCAACCAGUAGGAAUAUGGGACAUGAAUGUGCCCAGCCCUCUCCCUAUAGAAGCAGGCCCUAUCAUGGUGCUGAGAGAACCAUUUUGGUCACAUGUCAAUGAUGGACCUUCUUUGCCUACCAGUACUACUAAUCAUAUACAGUAUAUGACUGACUGCUUUCCCCAGCCAAUAGGAAUACAUUUCAAAGCCCCAUCAUUCUGAGGCCUACAUUUUUAUUGUAUCUGUAGGAAAUGUACAUGUAUGGGACAACAUUAUUCAUGUUUGUUGAUGCCCACACCUGUGAUCACAGUUAAGAACUCAGCAUCUGGAACAUUACAAGAUAGGCCUCUGAAUGACAGAGCUUUGAAAUGUGCUACA